AUGGGUGAAUCCAGACAAGAGCUGCUGGCUUGGUUGAACAACCUGCUCCAGUUGAACAUUACCAAAAUCGAACAAUGUGGAACCGGUGCCGCACUAUGCCAGAUCUUUGAUUCGAUCUUCAUGGACGUGCCCAUGUCUCGCGUCAAGUUCAACGUCAACACCGAAUAUGCCUACCUGCAGAACUUCAAGGUCCUCCAGAACGUCUUUGCCCGCCAUGGUGUAGAGAAGCCCGUCCCCGUUCAAUCCCUCACCAAGUGCCGCAUGCAGGAUAACCUGGAGUUCCUUCAGUGGGUCAAGCGAUACUGGGACCAGCACUACCCCGGUGGUGAAUAUGACGCCAUUGGCCGACGGAAGGCUUCGGGUGCCCCUGCUGGUGCUGCCUCUGCCUCUUCACGCGCUCCCUCGGCUGGUUCUCGCCGUGGAGCUACCCCGGUCACAUCUGCUGCCCGUCCCCGGGUUGCUACCUCAGGCCCUAACACCUCGGCCCUGACACAGGAGAUUGCCACCCAGAAGGAGGCCAUCGCUGGUCUUGAGAAGGAGCGGGACUUCUACUUUGCUAAGCUGCGUGACAUUGAACUGCUGUUGCAGACCGCCAUUGAGGCCGACCCUGAGCUGGAGAAGGAAGAGGACACUCUGGUGAAGCACAUCCAGGGCAUUCUGUACUCGACUGAGGAUGGAUUCGAGAUCCCGGCCGAGGCGGAAGAGGGUGUUGCCGACGAACUGGAGACAUUCUAA